GGGGUAGCUGAGGGAAGGCUGGGGGCUGAGCCUUGCCCCGGCUCAUCCCGGGGCGCCCCACAGGGCUCAGGGCCGCGGGGAACCCCCUUUGCCCUGCCGAAAACAGCCCGGAGAGAGGCCGCAGGGGCGGCUGGCAGGCAGCCUCCGGCAGGCGGGCGGGCAACGAGCUGGGAAAGCUCCGGGAGCCGCUCCGAGCCCCGGGGGCUGCGGCGGCGCUCUCCGGGCUGCUCGGGGCGCUGUGGCUCCGCGGUACCGCGGCGGCGGCCGCUGCCCGGCGUGUGGGGCCGGAGGGCGGCGGGCAGCCCAGCCCGCCCGUCCUUCCCUGCCGCCGCCAUGGUGUCGUGCGGGGCCGUGCAGAGUUUUCUCUUCGAGUACGACACCCCCCGCAUCGUCCUGAUCCGCAGCCGCAAAGUGGGGCUCAUCAACCGCGGGGUGCAGCUCGCCAUCCUCGCUUACGUGAUCGGCUGGGUCUUUGUGUGGGAGAAGGGCUACCAGGAAACAGAUUCUGUGGUCAGUUCUGUAACCACAAAGGUGAAAGGAGUAACGCUGACAAACACAUCCUCCUUGGGAGCCAGGAUCUGGGAUGUAGCUGACUAUGUCAUCCCUCCUCAGGAGGAGAACAGCGUGUUUGUCAUGACCAAUGUGAUAUUCACACUAAACCAGACCCAGGGCCAAUGUCCAGAGCUUCCAGAUGAUAAAACAGAGUGCGGCAAGAACAACAGCUGUGUUCCAGGAUAUGUCAGCACCCACAGCAAUGGCAUCCAAACCGGGAAAUGUGUAAAUUACAACGACAGCAUCAAGACCUGUGAAGUCUUUGCAUGGUGCCCCGUGGAGGAUGACUAUCACAUACCCAAGCCGGCGUUCCUGCAAGGAGCUGAGAACUUCACCAUUCUGGUGAAGAACAAUAUUUGGUAUCCCAAAUUCAACUUCACCAAACGAAAUAUCCUCCCCACUAUCAACUCCACUUACCUCAAGAACUGCAUCUAUGACUCCCAGACAGAUCCCUUCUGCCCUAUCUUUCGUCUAGGGAAAAUAGUUGAAGCUGCAGGGCAGAACUUCCAGGAGAUGGCUGUGGAGGGUGGAGUCAUGGGGCUGCAGAUCAAAUGGGACUGCAACCUUGACAGAGCUGCUUCCCACUGCGUGCCGAAAUAUUCCUUCCGGCGCCUUGACAACAAGGACACUGCCCACACCGUCUCGCCCGGGUACAACUUCAGGUUUGCAAAAUACUACAAGGAUAGUAGUGGCAUUGAAUCACGGACACUUGUCAAAGCCUAUGGAAUCCGCUUUGAUAUCAUAGUGUUUGGAAAGGCAGGAAAAUUUGAUGUAAUUCCUACAAUGAUUAACAUUGGCUCUGGCUUAGCGCUGUUUGGCGUGGCAACAGUGCUAUGUGACCUUGUUGUCCUGAACUGCAUGAAGAAGAAAUACUACUAUCGGGAGAAGAAAUACAAAUAUGUGGAGGAUUAUGAAAUGGGAGACAACGAGACAUACGGAACCAACUCCUGAUCUCCUGCUGCUGCAGCACCAGCUGCUGCUGUGAACUGAUGCUGUGAAUGUUUCCCUGACCCUGCUGUGAGACCCGCCCUCUCUUCCUCGGAAGGAAGGAGGGAACAAACCUAAGAAAGGGAUGUUCUUCACUACUCGCCACCUUUUGCUAGCCAGAACCAACCCCCAGAGGGGAGAACUGGAUCUGUCUGUUCUUUCCAGGUUAACGGCACUAAGCACGUACAGAGCCUCGUGGUUUUGUGCCAGACCUCUGCACCAGGCGAGCCUGGGAUAACGUCAUUGUCAUUUCAACAGUCCUCCUUUCUCUGAGCUCAGUGGUAGCAGAGAGCAGCAAAGGCUCUUCCUUACAGCAACCGUGGCUCCUGUCAUGUGUUGCCUAACAUUAGGAGAGCAGUUAUCUGAUCACUUUUCCUUGCCAUGAGGGAUUGUGAUGUUUAGGUGAGACUACUUUCUAUUUAAUUGUCUCUAAGCUCCAGUGGCCACAAACUGAGAUAAAGCGGUGCCUGAUUCCAUUGUGCUUUGGUACGUGGCUUCCUGGUUACAGGAUUUAUUUUCUGUUUUAUCUGUUUUAUGCCACUAUGCUAAAAUUUGCUUUCUUUUUUUGAUAAAAUAUUAGCUUCUAUCA